AUGCUGAUGAGCUGAAUUUUCAUUUGAGACUUCUCACUCAAACUAAAAUAAUCUAAGAUUUUAAAACUUCAACAAAAAAAUUAAGGAAAAACCUUGUGACUACCAAAUUUCUACCAUUGCACUAUUUUGAGAGCUUAACGGAACUCGAGGAUCGUUGGCAACGGCAACGGCAACGGCGACGACAACGGCAUCGACAUCGAGUGCAUAACCCAACUUAAGCUCGCAGCCAUUCGCAGAUAACCAAAGAGAGGGGACAGCUUCAAGAUGUCCGAUCGUAAGGCAGUGAUUAAGAAUGCAGAUAUGAGCGAGGAGAUGCAACAGGACUCGGUGGAUUGCGCUACUCAGGCACUCGAGAAGUACAACAUCGAGAAGGACAUCGCAGCCUAUAUCAAGAAGGAGUUCGACAAGAAGUACAAUCCCACCUGGCAUUGCAUUGUCGGUCGCAAUUUCGGCUCCUAUGUGACCCAUGAGACACGUCACUUCAUCUACUUCUAUUUGGGACAGGUGGCCAUCCUGCUCUUCAAGAGCGGUUAGACCCCACAUUGAGGGCCUUGGCGAUAUGUUCUACUUUUAGAGCAGAUCGUGGCAAAGAGUCUCAAUCAACCUGGAAAAAACACAUUCUGGAUGGAGCAAACACAAACAUAAUAUAUGUGUUCAAAUAAUAUUUCAUAAUUCUCCCAAAAAUGGUUUUUGUAAAACAAAAUUCCAUAAAUUUCUGUGCAAUCGAACACUCUAUUUAAAUUAUAAUAAAAGAUUUUUUGUUGAAAGGGAAAUUACC